UCAAAUAUAUUCCCAAUCUUACUUUAUUAUAAUUUAAUUCAAUUCUUAUCUGGAUUAUGUGAACCGAUUUUUUGUUUAGAACCUGGUGUCACUUUAUUCAGAAGUUCUUAUUUAUUACUUGCAUUUUCCAUCUUAUUUGAAGUUGGUUAUAUUUAUAUAGGUUACGAGAUUUGGAGAAAAGGGUAAAUUAAUUUAAUAUAAUUAAUAAU